ACCGCCGCCGACCAGGACCACUCCACUGGUGCUCAGUACGCAAACGGCCGCCGCCGCAGACUGUCGUGUUCGUCGCGCCGACCGACAUCCGCACCGUGAACACACCAAUAUUUGCGUACACUCGUGAUAAUAAUAAUAAUAAUUAAAAAAACCUCGCGAUUCGGCAGUUUUUCGCUCGCAACCACAUACCGUAUACCGCAUCGACGCAGACGAAUUCUUCGACCAUGCGGCCGAACUCCCGCCGUUGACCGCGGCGCGACCGAACUUUACCGCCCCCCACGACCUCCCCCCGGCGGAUUUCGAAAACAUAACAAAUUGGUAAUAACACUGCAUUCGAUUUCCAUUCAGUUUUUUUUUUUUUUCAUCGAUUUCAAAUUCGCGCACGUAACGACGAAAAUAGUAACAUGACCGCCACCAACGGGUUCAUCAUCGGCGACGGUUCUUGGAACCUGCAGAUCUACGUGUCCGAUCUGCAGGUGGAACGGACGCUGCGGGUUAAAGGCGAUCUGCACAUCGGUGGGGUCAUGCUCAGACUCGUCGAAGAUUUGGAUAUAGCCAUGGACUGGUCGGAUCACGCUCUCUGGUGGCCAAACCGUAACUCGUGGCUCACCAGGACCCGAUCGACGUUGGAUCAGUACGGAGUGCAAGCGGACGCCAAGCUGCAAUUCACCAGGAUGCACAAAACUGCACGCAUCCAGCUGCCCGACCUCCGGUACGUGGACAUGCGCGUGGACUUCUCUAUAAAAACAUUCAACGCCGUCAUACAGAUAUGCAAAGAGCUGAAUAUCAGACACCCGGAAGAGUUGUCCCUGAGCAAGCCCCUGGAACCGUAUCACCUGAAGCACAACAUGAAGGAGAUGCAAUAUAACGGCGGUCAAACACCGUCGGCCGACACCAACUCGUUCGCCGUCCACAGCCACAGCCCGUCCGGAUCCACCGGAAGUCUGGACAUGACUUCGUCUUCGCCGUUCAUAUGUGCCCCACUGAAACACCAUUCUACGCCCAUCAGUUCGCCCGUGUCUCAAAAUGGCACUUGGAAGAAAGGAUACAGCAAACCGGAAAUGAACGGCAACGUAACGUCACUGGAAAUGUUGAACGGGUCCUUGGACACGUCUUUGGCCAACAGCCCACUCUCGCUGAACCAAGAGGUGCGGAGCAAAGUUUUGAAACCGAAAUCGCUGGUGGAAAAAGCCAGAAUGAACGUCGCAUGGUUGGACUCAUCACUGUCGAUAAUGGAACAAGGCGUCCGGGAAUACGACUUGUUGAAAUUGCGGUUCAAAUUUUAUUCUUUCUACGAUUUGAAUCCCAGGCUAGAUUCUAUACGCAUAAACCAAAUAUACGAACAAGCCAAAUGGAGUUUGUUGAGUGGCGAAAUCGAUUGUACCGAGGAGGAAGCUUUAAUGUUUGCUGCGCUACAAGUUCAAAUAAAUCUGAAAGCCAGUGUACCACAACCGCUAUUGGAAACAACGGGUGGAGAUGACGAUAUCGAUGCUGCUCUGUCGGAUCUUCAAAUUACGCUUGAAGGGUUUCAGCCACAGAGCAAUGUCAACAAUUUGGCCCAUGCACCAGAGUUGUCCGAUUACUUGAGAUUUUUGAAGCCCAAGAAAUUUACGCUAAAAGCGUUCAAACGGUAUUGGUUUACAUGCCGAGAUUUGCAUUUGAGGAUGUACAAGACGGCGGAAGACGCCGAAGUGGGCGCUCUGCCCGUGCACAGUGUCAGUCUCAAGGGAUGCGAGGUGACACCCGACGUGAACAUUUCACAGAACAAGUUCGGUAUAAAGCUGGAAGUGCCCAGUUCGGAUGGCAUGACCGAGAUGUGCAUUAGAUGCGAGAGCGAGGAGCAGUACGCCAAAUGGAUGGCUGCUUGCAGACUGGCGGCCAAAGGGCGCCCGUUGUCGGAUCAAUCUUACGAGUCUGAGGUCAAAUCGAUCAAAGCGUUCCUCGAGAUGCAACAUCCGUCGAUCAUCCAGUCACCCGUCAUUAGCCCGUCCAUGUUGGACAUCUCGGUCGAGGACUAUAUACCGCACAGGUUUUCCAGAAAACUUAAGGGAAAGCUGGUCCAGCGCAUACUCGAAGCGCACGCCAACCUCAAGGAACUGACUUUGAUGGAGGCCAAAAUGAACUACAUCAAAGCGUGGCAGUCGUUGCCCGAGUUCGGCAUCUCGCUGUUCGUCGUCAAGUUCAUGGGCCACAAGAAAGAAGAGCUGCUGGGCAUAGCGUACAACCGUCUGAUGCGCAUGGACAUCGCGACCGGUGACCACAUAAAAACAUGGAGAUAUAACACAAUGAAGGCGUGGAACAUCAACUGGGAGGUGAAACACAUGAUGGUGCAGUUCGAAGAGGGCAACAUAAUAUUCGCCUGCCAGUCGGCCGACUGCAAGGUGAUACACGAGUUCAUCGGCGGCUACAUAUUCUUGUCGAUGCGUUCCAAAGAGGUGAACCAGACGCUGAACGAGGAGCUGUUCCACAAAUUGACCGGUGGCUGGUCAUAAUACGUGUCACAGGUGGUGUCGUCGGGCCCGGCGUAGGGCGAGAUAACGACUAUUGAUGUUAUAUUCGUCCCCCCCCCCCCUCGCACGGAUCCAAUCUGACAGACGAGGAAACGGACGGAAAUCGAAAACGAUGUACAUAUAAUAUUACGCAUAGUAUAAUAUAUUUAUUUAUUUCACCCCCCGAAGUUAGCCGCCUACGCCCUGAUGUGUGGCGGCCUGUUUCGGGGGGGUGGCGAUAUACGACAGAGAGGAGGUCCGUUUGUUUCCUUGUUUGGUUUUUUUUUUUUUUUUCUGUGUAAAUUAUUAUAACAAAGUGCGUUAGUAAUAUUAUGUUGUUUGCCCGUUUAUUGAUAAUAUAACAUAUGUUUUAAACGAUUAUAUAAUAUUGUUUAUUUUCGUUGCGUAAUAUUAAAAAAAAAGUAUUAAAACAUUUAGUUGUAAAAAGUUAAUAAUAAUAUCAUAAUAUAAUAAUAGGUAUUAUGUCUAAAAUGACUACUAUACAAUUUUUAGCGUGUAGAAAUAGAGUUAUCAUAUUAUUAUAUUUUUAUGUAAUAUAAUAUUAUUAUAUAGAAAUCAUUAUGAAAUGCUAAUAAUAGGUUAAUAUAAUAAUAAUAUAAUAUAAUAUGUUGUUAUGUAAAAUGUGCGCAGAUGCUAAGGGGUGAUGCCGACGUGAAAUAUGUUUCUUCUGUUCGUUUGGCUUCUGUGUUAUUACUAAUGACUAAUAGUAAUAAUAUUAUUAUUUUAGAAUAACAACAAAAUAUUUACAACAUUCUGCAAUGGGCGUUAUAAUAAUAUUAUUAUCUGUGUGUAAAUCAAAAUAAUGUUUUAUUAUUUUUAUUAUUUAUAAUACGACGAACGCAGUUGUAGUUGUUAUGACGUGAUAAUAAUAUUAUACACUGAGUUCGUUUUAUUGCGUUAUCAACUUCUAUUUUUAUUGCAAUUUUAAGUUAAAUGAGUUAACCAACAGGGAUAAUAUACCAUUACAUUUCUGUUUUAUAUUUCUACGACGAAACCAACGAAGUUUAUUGAUUGUUAAAAACAUAUUUUUAUUCUUGCGAUUUAACUUAACGGUAAUACUUCAAGUAAUUUCACAAAUUCACUCGCCUAUUAUAGUGUAUAUAUAUAUACUAUAUAGUUGUUAAAGAAAUUUAAUACAUAUAUAUAUAUACAUUAGGUAUACAAUAAUAGAUUAAAAGUUGUUCUUUGUUCUUUCUAGAUUUUACAUUAUUAUAUAAUUCAAAUUUAAUAUUUUAUUUUUAGUUAAACAAAAAAAAAAA